GGGCGGGGAGGGGUAACUGGCGGGAAGACGCGGAGGGAGGGCGCAUCUGGGGCGUGUGCGCCCCAAUCCGAGGGCACCCGUGGUCUGGGUGCCCCGCGCGCAGAGCCUGGGCCGGGCCCAGGGUGCGGGAGAGAGCGCGAGUGUGAUUCAGGAAGUUGAGUUUCUGACAUCAGGGGCAGGACGGAGUUGGAGUGAAACCUCAAAAAUGCGAGGCGGCGGCCAGCGGGAGGGCAGGGAACACAGAGGGCGCCACUCUCCCGACGGGCGGCAGGUAGGCGCGGCGCGGGGCGGCCCCCGCUGACCCCGCCACCCCAGAGUCGGCUCCGCGUGGGCCGGCGGGGCCUUCGGGAAGGAAACGCGGACCUCGCCCCCAGUCCUGAUCGCUGUCAGACGGGAGCCCCGGGGAUCCCUGGGCGACCCGCCUGCAGGAAGCUCGCCGGUGGACUGAAAGAUUUUUCCCCAUUUUGGAGAUGAAGAAACUGAGGACCAAAACAACCGAAUGACCUUCCCAAGGACGCACACUUAGUAAGUCACAGGUGCCGUCAGUGGCGUGCCCAAACCCUAAUCUGGAAGAGGAAUAAAUUGCAAGUGGGCAAGGCUGCAUCCUUUUGAGUCCAGAACUUGCUAGUGAGCUGAAAGGUUCCUCUGGCCCCAAUCUAGCCAAGCAACAUGGAGAAAAUCAGCUCCUUCUUUAGCACCAUCUGGGACAUCAUCUCAACCAAACACCAAGAGGGCCUCUUCAACACCAUCUGCCUGGGUGUCCUCAUGGGGCUACCACUCUUGGUGGUCCUCACACUCCUUUUCAUCUGUUGCCAUUGCUGCUGGAGUCGGUCAGGCAAGAGUGGCCAACAACCGGAGCGAAACAAGGGAAAGAAGAAGAAGAAGAAGGCUGAAGAAGAUCUCUGGAUCUCUGCUCAGCCCAAGCUUCUCCAGAUGGAGAAGAGGCCAUCACUGCCUGUCUAGCUUGGUAGGAAGCAGAGGCGUCCUCCCUUGGGGGCUAAGCUGCCUUCCAGCUACACACGGGCUAGGGAGCAGCAGCCCCUGAAGUGAUGCACUCAAGUCCACAGAGGAACUACUCAACCAAGGAACAAACCUCAGACUGAGUGUCCCCAUGGAGGGCACUCCUGGGGAGCACAUGAACAAUUCUUGGGCACUGUCUUGGCAGCUGUGUCCAAUAGCAAUGCUCUUGACUACAGACUCAGGCAUGCCUUCCACCCAUCUCUGGCAUACUCUAUAUGCAAAAGCACAAGGAACACUUAUUCCUAGAUCUUGACAUGCCUCCCAAAUGCACACGCAUGCACACCAUGCCCACCACACACACGCGCGCAAAUUCAGGCAACGGGUACCUGGGCAAGUACAUUGUGUUCAUCAAAUGUCAUUGAAUGUCUACUUUGUGCAAGGCCCUGGGCAAAGCAGUACAUUAUCGGCUCUUGCCAACAUCUCACAGGAAGGCCUGGCCAGAUUUGGGCACACAGGCUCAAUAAUAUAACAGGCAAGGUGCCUAUGCACUGUCUGUUCUGUAUACCACUCAGGUCAGAGAUGUGUGCUUUCCUAGUCCUAUCCCUACAUAACCUUUCACUGGAAAUCCUCAUAUUUGGACCAUCCAGCAACCUGGUACAGUCCCCGUCCCUGUAUAUUGAUACAGAUACACCAAGUUCCUCCGCUUCUGAUUUCUCAUCUGGGAGAAAAAGUUUAACGUGCGAUGGAUCAAAAUUUAUUGAAAGCUAUUGUGUGCAACUCAUGACAAAGUCCUCAUUACCACUGAUAGGUAUUUAAUGUGGUCCCAGACCUCUCUCUGAGAUGCUGCCCUCAGAACCACUCAGCGAGGCACCCUUCUCCAAGCAAGAACAAACAGCUCUUGGUAGUGACUGCUGGAAAGCUAUAGAAAGCAAGUGAACUCCAUUCACUUCAGUGGACUACAGUGUGGACCCGUGUAAUGUAUGUUUUACGGAUGGAAAGGAGAGGCUACACCUGAGCUAGGUGUCUCCUAUGUAACCAAAGGUUUCAGUGGGGAAGGAAUUAAGACAAUCACCGGUACAGUCUCACAGAAGACACACUGGAAACGAUUUCAUAAGGUUGUAAUGGGUGUGUGGUAUGUUGCAAAUGGAAUGCAGAAGUUACAGAGUUUAAAUGAAAGUAGGAUGAAGCUAUAUAGAGGUUUAUUAAUAUUUAUCUUGAAGCUCAGGCAAGUGCCUUGCACACAGUUGGUACUCAUAACUGUCUGUGGAUGCUGUUGGAUACAUGAUCAUGCUAAGGGUAAACUUGCAAUACCUCGCCAGUACCCCCAAGUGACCUUCUCUUCUAAGUGAGCCCACUAAUUGCCAAUGGACGGAAGUUGGGUAUUGAAUUCUACAGGAGGGCGCAUGCAGAACCAAGGGUCAGGUUGACAAAUGUGCCCUGAGGUCCGUGGGGACAUGUAAACAUGUGAGUUGAGGAGAGCGUCUCCCCACUGGGCUGAGGUUGCGAGGCAGAGUUAAUCCACUGAUAGAAUGAACGGGUUGGUGUUUUGAUUGUAUUGUGACCAUAUUACAAAGAUGGAUAAUCCCCAAGUUGGGGGCAGACAGUGCUCUAAAAAUCCCUUUGCAAAUCUGCUGGGUAGCUCUCUUGAAAUAUUUUCCCAUGGAAGCUGUUCUAAAUGGUGGAAAAAACGCAAUUUAAUUAAUGAUGUAACUAAACUAUGAUAUUUAUAGCAAAAACUAAAAUCUAUAAGAUUGUGUUAAUGGAAAAAUAUACUCUAUUUGCUGACUUGGGCUACCUGGUACUCUCCUGCCCUCCAGGCAUACUCCAGGCCCACGGAGGGCGGGCAUCUGACAGUAACUUCUGCACCAGGGUCUUCUAGCAGGUGACCCUGUGAAUCGUAAUUCAGGCCUGCACAUAUUUGAGAAACAGUCACAUUCACCCUCUCACCCCAAGUGGCCCUAAAUACCUUGGGCAUUUGGGCCCCUCACUCAUACACCCCUUUGACCAAAGCAAGCAGCAGCCCCUGAUUCUCUAUCCCCUUGUCACACAGAGACCUUGUUAUGGAGCAUCUGGCUGUCCCCUUCACAUCACAGGAUGACUAGUCGUCUCCCCACGUCUACUGCUGCCACCGGGAUGAGCUGCCCUUCCUGACUCCAACUCUCAGUCCCCCUAAAAUGGAUGACUUGAGGGAGAUGUGGAGGCUUAUGGCCGAGACUGGUGUCAGAUAUGAUCUAGGAGAGCAGAUCACCGGGAUCAGGGACCACACCAGUAACAUGGUUGCCAUGGCAACUGGCUGCUGGUUUGAAUUAAGACAGCAGUGAGUUGUCACUGCUGUGACAAGGCCUCUGUCUCAAGGUGCAGUGCCCCACUGUCUCCUAAUCGAAUGGACUUGUGUUCUACCUCCAGGCAUGAAACACCCAGAAAUGCACUUCUCAGUUGCUUCCACAGCCUACGACCCAGGAGGCCCAAACCCCGAAUGAGGUGUACAUUUUCCCCACCCCAAACUCCCCUGACAACCUUCAUGGGGUCCCUACAACAGUGCCAGGUGCAUGACAAGCCCUCAAGUUUGUGUUGAAUAAGUGGGUGUGUGAAAGGAGCCCAAGGCAAUUAGUGGAGUCCACUCCCUUUUCUUCCCACUUCCUUCUCAUCUUUCUCCCCCCUGUUUUAUUCUCAUCUCAUUGCCUCUUCUCCCAGCACCACCCUGGCUCCACCCCUUUAUUUCUCUCCAUCUCUACUCCUUCUUCCCAGCCUCUGCCCCAGAACUGCCACUGGCAACCGGGUGCCUCAGGACUAGAGCCUGCUUGGCCCAUCCUGCGGGGUUUAAGCCAAGAGAGGGCAGAAAGGAUUGUAAAGAAGAGGCUUCCUAAACCAGCACAGGCUUGGGGAGCAGCGCCCAGGCCCGGGAGUUCUGAACAGCUUCAGCCAGACUCAGCCACCAGAGGCAGGGAGCUCUUUUCCCCACUGGUCCUUGGAUGCGCCCUUUUAUUUCCUUGGGCGAGGGGAAGGGGCAGAUGUAGAAAAAGGGCAGUCACCUUUUCAAGAAGAAUAUAAAUGGUCCAACUUGUAUAGUAUUUGUCAGUAUUUUUUUUUCUGGAAAAUUCAAACACACCAAAAGAGAAACUUAUUUAAAUAAAAUACUUUGAAAAUAAAAA